AGAACAAGUAUGGGUAAAGGGAAACAGAAAAUCGAAAUAAAGAAAAUCACAAAAGAAUCUGCAAGAAUGGUGGCAUUUUCGAAGAGACGCAAAGGACUUUUCAAGAAAGCUGUGCAACUUGAAUCCAAGACUGGUGCUAAAGUUGCCAUUCUUGUUUUCUCUUCCUCAGGAAAACCCUACACUUGUGGGGACGUUGAAACGCUUUGUGAGUCGAAUAGUAUUUUGGAUUCAUUCAAUCUUGAAACGCAUUCUGAGUCGAAUGGUAUUUGGGAUUCAUUCAAUCUUCAAACGCAUUGCGAGUCGAAUGGUAUUUUGGAUUCAUUCAAUCUUGAAACGCAUUGUGAGUCGAAUGGUAUUUGGGAUUCAUUCAAUCUUGAAAGGCCUUGUUCAUCUUCUGGGCAGAAUGGUAUGUGGGAUUCAUUCAAUCUUGAAAGGCCUUGUUCAUCCUCUGGGCAGAAUGGUAUGUGGGAUUCAUUCAAUCUUGAAAGGCCUUGUUCAUCCUCUGGGCAUAAUGGUAUGUGCGAUUCAUACAAUCUUGAAAGGCAUUGUUCAUCCUCAGGAAUCCCAUCUGGGUCGAAUGGUAUUUGGGAUUCAUUCAAUAUUGAAAAAACGCAUUGUUCAUCCUCUGAGUCGAGUGGUAUGUGUGAUUCACUCAAUGUUGAAGCAUGUCAUAACGUGAAUGAACUCUUGCUGUUGAAGGCACACUUGGAAAGGACCAGAGAAAAGCUGCUGGAGUCUCAGUUUCUUGACUCUCUCUGGUCAUGAUCAAAUUUUUUUAUUUUUUUCUUUAAUUACUUCCAUGGCUGU